AUGAGGCUCUCACAGCUUAUCACUCCAGCUCUUGCUGGUCUAUCAACCGCCACCGAUGCGGUAGACUCUCUCCUCCCUGUUUUUCGAGGCAUAGCUGACUCUCCCCAGUGCGCUGCUCUCGCAGAGAAAUUUCCCCGCGACGUCGCGUACCCCGAUUCACGAUCUUACAACCUUUCGAAUGUCUACUGGUCUGAUCGUCAAGCUGAAGUUCACCCGUCUUGCUUCGUCACUCCUCGCUCGAGCAAGGAUGUUUCCAAGAUCAUGGAACUUCUCACUUCUCUCGACGCGCCUUUCACUGUCAAGAGUGGCGGCCACACUGCUUUUGCAGGUGGUUCAAACGUCGACGAUGGAGUCACUAUCGACUUGAAGUAUCUCGAUGACAUCACCGUCUCAAAGGAUCGCAAGACUGUUUCCGUCGGACCUGGAAAUCGCUGGAUCAACGUCUCCGAAGUUCUCGACCCCAUGAACCUCGCCGUUGUGGGAGGACGUGUCGCAAGCGUUGGUGUCGGCGGCCUUAUUCUCGGCGGAGGAAUUUCGUACUUCUCUGGCUCCAAGGGUUGGGCUUGCGAUAACGUGCGUAACUACGAAGUCGUCGUCGCUUCAGGCGAUAUUGUCAACGCAUCGGCUACCGAGAACAGUGAUCUUUAUUGGGCUCUUCGAGGUGGUGGUGGUUCCAACUUUGGUAUCGUUACGCGCUUUGACUUGGCUUCUUUUGAGCAGGGUGAUUUGUGGUCUACUUCGCUCAUUCACCCUGGCGCGAUGAACACUACCAUCGUCCCAGAGUUCCAGAAAAUGACUGUGAAGGGACUGUCUGAGGAUCCUGAUGCGCACAGCUACUUUGUCAUGACCUACCAACCUGACUUGGGUGGCUACAUCGUUCUUACGAGUCUUUACCAUUCCAAGGUCCCUAAACCAGCCGACAGCGUGCCGCCCGUUUUCUCCAACCUGUCAGCUAUCCCAGGUACCCUAUCGAACACCACAAUGGUCGCCAACAUCUCAACACUCUCCAAAGCCAUUGAUGUCCCCUCGGGUUCCCGCCAAACAUGGUGGGACGUUACCAUCUCCGCCAACUCAUCCGACUUCCUCACCGACAUCGUCUCCCGAUUCGCCGAUCGCAACGCUAAGCUUUUCGAACUCGGCAAAGUGACGCCCUACCUCGUAUUCCAGCCUCUCUCCGUCAACAUCCUCGAAGCGAUGCAGAAGAACGGCGGAAAUGCUCUUGGUCUCGACCCCAAGGACGGACCAUUGAUGCUUAUCCAGAUUUCUACCUCGUGGGAAGACCCCGCGCUGGAUGAUCAUGUGGAGGAGACUUCACGAGACUUUAUCAACACGGUUGAGUGGAUGGCCAAGGACCGUGCUUUGGACAACGGAUUUAUCUACAUGAACUACGCUGGCAAGGGCCAACAGGUCCAGAAGCACUACGGAGAGAAGAACGAGCAGAAAUUGCGAAGCGUCAUGGCCAAGUACGAUCCCGAAGGAAAGCUAGCCAAGCUUUGGAAUGGAUACUUCAAGAUCUAG